AUCUUUCCCCCGCUUCCAAGAACAACUUCAGCUCCAUCCUCCUGAAGCUCAGCUAAGCCACCCAGCUUCCAAGAACAACUUCAGUGCCGUCCUCUCCUUUUUCCCCUCCUCUCCUUUUCCCCCUCAUCUCCCAACUCCGCAUUCAUCUCCAGAUUCAAAAUGGCAAACGUCUACUUUGACAUAGCAAUCAAUAACGAGCCCAAGGGCCGUAUCGUAUUUCAGCUCUUCGACGACGUCGUCCCCAGAACCGCGAAGAACUUCCGCGAGCUCGCUACGGGCGAGCAUGGCUUUGGGUACGCGGGGUCUGCCUUCCACCGCAUUAUUCCCGAUUUCAUGCUUCAGGGCGGCGACUUUACCAAGGGCAAUGGAACCGGCGGUAAAUCCAUAUACGGCGACAAAUUCCCCGACGAAAACUUCAGGUUGAAGCACACCAAGCCUGGACUUCUAUCCAUGGCUAAUGCCGGGAAGAACACGAAUGGUUCUCAAUUCUUCAUCACGACUGUCGUCACCUCCUGGCUUGAUGGUAAGCACGUGGUUUUUGGCGAGGUAGUCGAAGGAUUCGAGCUUGUUAAGACGAUUGAGAAGAUGGGUACUUCAUCUGGGAAGCCUAAAAAACAAGUGGUUAUUGCGAGCUGUGGAACUGUCUAGCGCACUCAAGCUUGUCAUGAAGGGAGGGCUGUCUUGUGACGGUGGAAGGCUUUCUCACAGUCUAGGAGCGCAAAAUGCCAAUGUCAAAUUGAUUCGUCUUCCGGCGUAAUUACCAUAUACGGCAGCGGGCCUCGUCCUGAAUCUGAGUGAUGGGUGCGCUUGAAAUGCGCUGAUUCCUCUUCGUGGUAUGUAUGGCUUCGACAUUUAUUGAACCAUUCACACCGCAGUACUGUUGGCAGCAGUCUAGCAGUCGGAAACCUUGACGGAUGCACUCAACCGAGUGAAAGAACUAUAGCUCUAUCUGGAGUCAAUACCGACAGGUUAUCUUUAAAAACGGCUGAUUCUUAUCAUCCAUACGCUGG